AUGAGGGUCCAGAAGCGACCUCGUCGACACGACGAUUACGAGGAGAACUGCAACUUGACAGCAGCCACUUUUGUGUCCGCUUGCAUAAGUCCCAAUGCCCCCGGUUUGAAUAUGCGCUGGCUGGUUUGCUGCUUCUGUUUCUUGCUUGUGAUGCCAGCGGGUAACGUUCUUGGUAAAUACUACGGAGUAAACGAGGCAUCACUCAAGAAUCAGUGGACGCCACAUGAAAUCAAAUGA